AUUUGUUUUUGUUCUUGUGUAUGGGUUACUGAUCGAUCAUCGUCAGUGAUGCUAACAGAGCGAGAUCGCUACGCCUCAAAUUAGUCGCAACAAGUACGGUUGACGAAGAACAACAAGUCGGAACGAAGAGAAGCAACAAAAAAAUUUUUGAAAAAAAAAUAAAUAUUAUUUGUAGUGAUAAUACUGGAAAAUCAUUUUAAAUUCUAUGUGUUGUUCAAUAAUAACGGCGGCAAAGUGUAUUGUAUUUAUCAAUUAUUAAAAUAAUAUUUAUGAUGAUAUUUUGUUUAUAAUAUUCAAAAAAGAAAGAUUUAAUAAAACAUUAAAGUUAAAAAAAAUCAUAGCCUUUUGUUUCCAAAGUACGGGUGGUCGCAGCAAAAAUUAAAGUUUAAAAAAUGCUCAACUAAUGAUAAUAAAAACACAGCAGCAAAGUGUUAAAAUUUAUUUUCAGUUUUUUUUGUGUCUUUUUUGAAAAUUAACCGCUUAAAAAUCAAAGGUGUAAAGUGCGUGCUAAUUUUCCUCUAAUAUACAAAAAUUAAGAAAAAAUACAACAACAAAUUUAAAACUCGACAACUUAACAACAAUUACCCCGGCUGCUAUAAGAAAAUCAAACAAAAAAAGUGUGAAUUAGUAUUGAUCCCAACCAAAAUAAUACACAAAAAAAGUUAAAAAAAAAUUUACGAAAAUAGUUGAAAGAAAUACCCAAGUCUAACAACCCAAAAAAUUGUUUACAAACUAAUAAAUGUAGUUUUUUGAAAGUAAAAUAGAAAAAAUUGUAAAAAUCAAUAGAAAAAAAGAAGAAAUAUUCUUAUGUGAUCAUCAUUUGGCAUCGAUUAGUUUUGUUUAACACUUACUACAAAAAUAUUUAAACACCAGCGACAUCCAACGUUAACAGACAGACCGCAGCUUAGCAGCACCCCACACGUCAUCAAUAGGGAAUGGAAUAAUACUCAUCUUUUAAUAACCAUUAUCACCGACAACAAUUAUCAACCAAAAACAUCGAUCUUCACCUUGACCCAUUUGUUGGUACAUUUAACAUCGUGCUGUUAACAUUUCACCAAGUUGGGUUUAUUGGCCAAAUCUUGUCGGGACAAGUGCAAUUAAUAGUUGUAGUCAUCUUUAACCUCCCCUUGUGCAGAUUUCUAAAACAGCCUCAUCAUUGAGUAUUACGAUCAAAAUAUGAUGGACCCAGAGAAUCAAUGCCCUCAAUAUGGUGAAGUCAACCAAUUGGGAGGCGUGUUUGUCAAUGGUCGACCGUUACCGAAUGCAACACGCAUGCGCAUUGUUGAGCUGGCCCGUUUCGGCAUAAGGCCCUGUGAUAUCAGUCGUCAGCUAAGAGUGAGUCAUGGCUGUGUUUCAAAAAUUCUGGCCAGAUAUCAUGAAACUGGUUCCAUAUUACCCGGCGCUAUUGGAGGCUCCAAACCUCGUGUUACUACACCCAAGGUGGUGAACUAUAUAAGAGAGUUGAAGCAAAGAGAUCCCGGUAUAUUUGCUUGGGAAAUACGUGAUCGUUUGUUGAGUGAAGGCAUCUGUGAUAAAACGAAUGUACCCAGUGUCAGUUCAAUAUCGAGAAUAUUGCGCAAUAAACUGGGUUCUAUAACACAUCAUCAUCAUCACAGUGGUGGUGGUUCAGUGGUAACGGGAAAUUCAGCAACAACGAAUGCUUCACCUCAACACUCUCACACACAUGCCGCUGCCCAUCAUGCUCAUCAUCAUGCCCAUCCACAUCAUCACGGUCAUCAUGCGUCUUCACAUGCCGCGGUCACAGCAGUAGCAGCAGCAACGGCUCAUCACACACAUGCCGCAGCAGCGGUGGCGGCCCAUGCUCAUCAUCCACACUUGUAUUAUCAACCCUACAGUGCCUACAAUAUGAAAUCAGCUGUGUCUUGCGGUAGUCCCUCACCACCACAAACGGGAUCAACACAAACACAUCAAAUGCGUUCGGCUGCCGCUGCAGCAGCAGCUGCCCAUGGUUGGCCGUCCUCUCAUACAGUUAGCGAUAUACUAGCUCAUCAUCAGGCAGUAGCUUUAAGGGCCAGUUGUCAAGUAGGUAAUCCAGUAGGUGGUAGCAUACCCUCAGGGCUUCCCCUGACACAUUCACCCGUGGGUGCGGCCACUGGCACGGGUUCACAACAAUUGCUGGACUGUGAAAGUGCUUCGAAUACAGCAGCUUUGGCUCAACAUCAAGUGGCCGCUACACAGGUAGCCGUUGCCGCCGCCGCUGCCUCUCAACAACCCUACAAUUACUAUAUGUAUUUUCAAAAUGGUGGCAUGCAUCACCAUCAUCACGGCGGCAUGAUGGCUGCAGGAGCUACCGGCUUAUGAGAACUACACUGCUUGUAAACUAAUUCAAACCUACACUCAUCACUCAUGUAAAACAAAAAUGAUUCAAGUUAAACUGACAACAAGAAAAAGGUUUAAAACCUUAAAACAAUCAUUAAAUAUUGCAAUUAAUAAAAAGAUACUCCUCCUUAAAAAAAACGUUAAUCAAAAAGAUAAAAUUAAACAAAAAGAACCGUCGAGAUUAUUUUAUUGCUACUUAUUAAAUACUACUAGUAAUUAAUUUUGAACAAAAUUAAAUGUUUACAUAGUUUUAAAGUACUGCUUUUUACGUUUUCUUGUCUUGACUUCGUGGUCUUGUAUUGAUAUCAAAUAUUUAUAAUUUUGAAUUUUUCAAUAUUUAUUAAAUAUUAUAAUUAUAAAUGAUCUAUCGUAUAAGUAUUCAGAUUUUAGUCAUUUUUUUAUUAUUAUAUAAAUAAUAUUACAAACUUAUUUACGUGUAUACUUAUGUAAAUUAAUUUUUAUUAUAAUAUAUACAUAUUUUUUUCUUAUCUUAAGUUGUAUUUAAAAUUUAGUUUAGAGUUUAUUUUUUUUUUGUUCGGUUGUAGAUAUUUUGUUUUAUUUUAAAUAAAGAUAUACAGUACAUAUGUAU